UAGCUCUGCCCGGUCUGCCUCCAGUGUCUCUGAAACUCCACUCAGUUAAAAAACAAAACUGAGGGAAAUAGAUGGGCUCCGCUUUGCUUGCCGCUGCCUUCCUGGAACUCACGGAGUGAAUGAAAUGACUUGUUCUUCUCAUGUAAAGUGGACUAAAACAUCUACAUGAUGAACACCUGCGCCUUUCUGCUGAUUUUAAGUGUCCAGAUCUACGCCGAUGGCAUCGAGGGGCCAACAGCUGCCGGCUGCACGUUUGAAGAGGACUCGGACCCUAAUCUGUGUGACAUUACCCAAGGGGAGGAGGAUGACUUUGACUGGAUGUUGUUUCGGGCAUACAGCUCGCCUUCGGCCAACACUGACCUCCUGAGGGGGUCCUAUAUGUUGGUGAACUCCUCUCAACAUGCUGCGGGUCAUCGUGCUCAGCUGCUGCUGCAGACGCUGAGUGAAAACGACACGCAUUGCGUCCAAUUCAGCUACUUCUUGUACAGCCGCGACGGCCACAGUCCCGGGGCCCUCCGCGCGUACGUGCGAGUGAACGGCGGUCCAAUCGGGAGUCCGGUAUGGAACACUUCAGUGUCUCACAGCAAACAGUGGCACCAGGUUGAGCUGGCAGUCAGCACCUUCUGGCCGAGUGAAUACCAGGUGCUGAUUGAGGCAACGGUUUCCAGGGAGCGGCGAGGUUACGUCGCCAUAGAUGACAUCAUGGUGCUUAACUACCCCUGCUAUAAGGCCCCACACUUCUCCAGGCUGGGAGAUGAGGAGGUCAAUGCUGGCCAAAAUGCCACGUUCCAGUGCGUUGCUGCUGGGAGGGCCUCUGAGGCGGAGAAGUUUCUACUGGAGAGACACAAUGGAGACAUUUUCACAGCAGCCUCAGUCAAGCACUUGAGUCAUCGGCGCUUUGUGGUGUCCUUCCAGCUAGAUAGCGUUCAGCGCUCAGAUCAAGACCUUUACCGCUGUGUCACUCAAUCCUCCAGGGGCUCAGGGGUGUCCAACUUUGCUGAACUUGUUGUGAAAGUACCUCCAUCCCCCAUCGCGCCGCCUCAGCUGCUGCGUGCCGGCUCCACUUACCUGAUCAUCCAGCUCAACACUAACUCUAUCCUGGGAGAUGGCCCCAUUAUCAGGAAGGAGAUUGAGUACCGCGCGAGCCAGUCCCCAUGGUCAGAGGUGCAUGGAGUCAACAUGGUCACCUAUAAACUGUGGCAUCUGGAUCCAGACACUGAGUACCACAUCAGCGUGCUCCUAACUCGGCCCGGCGAGGGUGGAACCGGCCCUCCGGGACCUCCCCUCGUCAGCAGAACCAAGUGUGCAGAGCCAAUGCGUCCGCUGCGAGGCCUCAUCUCCACAGAUAUUCAGUCCAGGCAACUGUCCCUGCAGUGGGAGAAUCUGGCUUUCAACCUGACACGCUGCCACACCUACUCUGUGUCUCUGUGCUACCGCUACACCAUGGCAGGAGGCGGCGGAGGCCACAACACCACCGUGCGCGAGUGCCUGGCAGUGGAACACAAUGCCUCACGCUUCACGCUUCGGGAUCUGCCACCGUACCACAGCGUUCACGUUCGUCUGUCACUGGCGAACCCAGAAGGGAAGAAGGAGAGCAGAGAGGUCACCUUUCAAACUGAGGAGGACAUUCCCGGAGGCAUAGCACCAGAGUCGCUCACCUUCACCCCUCUGGAUGACAUGAUCUUCCUGAAGUGGGAGGAGCCUGUCGAGCCCAACGGCCUAAUUACACAGUAUGAGAUCAGCUACCAGAGUAUCGAGUCGUCCGAUCCAGGCAUCAAUGUCCCAGGACCCAGAAGAACAGUGUCCAAGCUCAAAAAUGAGACGUACCAUAUGUUCUCCAACCUCCACCCUGGAACGACUUACCUGAUCUCUGUCCGAGCACGCACAGCAAAGGGCUUUGGCCAGACAGCCCUCACUGAAAUCAUCACUAACAUCUCAGCCCCUACGUUUGAUUAUGGAGACAUGCCGUCACCUUUGAGUGAGACAGAGAGUACAAUUACUGUGCUGUUGCGUCCUGCACAGGGCAGAGGAGCACCGGUCAGCACAUACCAAGUGGUGGUUGAAGAAGAAACUGUGAAGAAAGUCAAGAGGGAGCUGGGGCUUCAGGAGUGCUUCCCGUUGCCCAUGUCUCAUGGUGAGGCCCAGGCUCGAGGCACACCUCACUACUACACAGCCGAGCUGCCACCGAGCAGCCUGCCAGAGGCCAGUCCCUUCACUGUUGGAGACAACCACACAUACAAUGGCUACUGGAACAGCCCACUGGACCCCCGCAAAAGCUACCUGGUCUACUUCCAGGCUAUGAGCAACUUCAAAGGGGAAUCCAGAAUUAACUGCAUACGCAUCGCUCGAAAAGCCGCAUGCAAGGACCACCGGAAAGCUAUGGAGGUGUCUCAGCACUCUGAAGAAAUGGGGCUGAUCCUCGGCGUGUGCGCUGGAGGCCUGGUGGUCUUGAUCCUCCUGCUCGGCGCUGUCAUCAUCAUCAUUAAGAAAGGAAGGGACCACUACUCUUAUUAUCCAAAACCGGUAAACAAGACUCCCAUUACCUACAGACAGGAUAAGAGCCAUAUGGGCUCCUUGGAGCGCAGUUUCACAGACCAGAGCACCCUGCAGGAGGAUGAAAGAAUGGCUCUUUCCUUCAUGGAUUCACAUACGUGCGGAACAAGAAGUGACGCACGUAGUUCAGUAAAUGAGGCCAGUAGCCUGCUAGGAGGCUCACCGAGGCAUCAGUGCGGACGUAAAGGCUCCCCCUACCACACGGGACAGCUUCACCCCGCCGUCCGGGUGGCAGACCUUCUCCAGCACAUCAACCAAAUGAAGACUGCCGAGGGCUAUGGCUUUAAACAGGAAUAUGAGAGCUUCUUUGAUGGCUGGGACUGCAUCAAAAAGAAGGACAAAACCAAGGGGAGGCACGACACCUUGUUGGGCUAUGAUCGGCACAGAGUGAAACUCCACCCUCUUCUGGGAGAUUCGAACUCGGACUACAUCAACGCUAACUACAUUGACAUUCGGAUUAACAGGGAAGGCUACCAUCGAUCCAACCACUUCAUCGCCACUCAGGGACCCAAGCAGGAGACGCUGUAUGAUUUUUGGAGGAUGGUGUGGCAGGAAAACUGUUUCAGCAUCGUCAUGAUCACUAAGUUGGUGGAGGUUGGCAGGGUGAAGUGCUGUAAAUACUGGCCUGAUGACAGCGAGAUGUAUGGAGAUAUCAAAAUCACUCUGCUUAAGACAGAAACUCUGGCUGAGUACACAGUUCGCACCUUUGCUUUGGAGAGGAGAGGAUACUCAACCAAGCAUGAGGUCCGUCAGUUUCACUUUACAUCCUGGCCUGAGCAUGGCGUGCCCUACCAUGCCACUGGAUUGUUGGCUUUUAUACGAAGGGUGAAAGCCUCCACACCUCCUGAUGCUGGCCCCGUGGUGGUCCACUGCAGCGCGGGGGCAGGACGCACCGGCUGCUACAUCGUGCUGGAUGUCAUGUUGGACAUGGCCGAGUGCGAAGGUGUGGUGGAUAUCUACAACUGUGUGAAAACCCUCUGCUCUCGACGCAUCAACAUGAUCCAGACAGAGGAGCAGUAUAUCUUUAUCCAUGAUGCCAUUUUAGAGGCCUGUCUGUGCGGAGAGACCGCCAUCUUGGUGAACGAGUUUGCGGUCACUUACAAGGAGAUGCUGCGGGUGGAUUCUCAGAGUAAUUCCUCUCCGCUGCGGGAGGAGUUUCAGACGCUGAACUCUGUGACUCCGCACCUGGACAUGGAAGAGUGCAGCAUCGCUCUGUUGCCCCGAAACCGAGAGAAGAACCGCAGCAUGGAUGUCCUGCCACCCGAUCGCGCCCUGGCCUUCCUGGUCACCACAGAAGGGGAGAGUAACAAUUACAUCAACGCGGCUCUCGCUGACAGCUUCCACCGGCAGGCUGCCUUCAUCGUGACCCCUCACCCUUUGCCAGGCACCACAGCAGAUUUUUGGAGGCUGGUUUUCGACUACGGCUGCACAGCAGUCAUCAUGCUCAACCAGCUUAACCAGUCAAAUUCCGCCUGGCCAUGUGUGCAGUACUGGCCCGAGCCCGGUUUACAGCAGUACGGACCCAUGGAAGUAGAGUUUCUGUCCAUGUCAGCUGACGAGGAUGUCAUUACACGUCUGUUUCGGGUCAAGAACGUCACAAGGGUCCAGGAGGGCCAGCUGGUGGUAUGUCAGUUCCAGUUCCUGCGCUGGUCAGCGUAUCGCGACGUUCCCGACUCCAAGAAGGCUUUCCUCAACCUGUUGGCUCAAGUGCACAAGUGGCAAAGGGAGUGUGGAGAAGGACGCACUGUUGUGCACUGCCUCAAUGGUGGUGGUCGUAGUGGGACCUUCUGUGCCUGCAACAUCCUCCUGGAGAUGAUCCAGUACCAGAACAUGGUGGACGUCUUUUAUGCUGUCAAAACUCUACGCAACUGCAAACCCAACAUGGUGGAGUCCCUGGACCAAUAUCGAUUCUGCUAUGAUCUUGUCGUUGAGUACUUGGACUGCUUUGAAGACAGAUAACAGCUAAAUGUUUACGACAGCAGCAGUGGUUUCCCCCUGUGCUGAGAUGUGCUUUGGGGCCAACUGGUGACUUCCCCUCUCCUUUAAAGUUUGGACCUCUGGACUCGGCUAUGAACUAACAAGAAAGGAAUGAAGAAAAAAAAAACAAGGUUCUAACAUUUAAUCUUUAAUGUAAAGUCGUUAUUUCCUCCUAGUUGGUUCAGUUUAUCCCUUUUGAUAUUUUCUCUUUCACCUGGUCCACUUUGCCUCUUGAACUGAACCUCUUGUGCUAAAAACAACAUCCAGACCCUACUUCAAGGUAGGCUCGCCACGGCUGUGCUUCAUCAUUUCAUUCAAAAAGGAUGGAGACUGGGUGGUUGUUCCAAGGCUGCAGCUGAGUUACCCAAACUUAUUAUUUUUUCUGAAUCGCUCUCUGCAACAACAAUCCAUUGUGAUUGUGGCAUGACUUAUGUACCAUAAACUGCCUUAUCGUAUAAUGGUAAAAAAAAAAACCAAAAACAUUUGUUGAAAUCUACACAUAAAUUUAAAAAAGUUACUAUACUGCUGAAGAAAACCAUGUUCAGAACCAGAACUGAGCCUUCAGAAUUCAGCAGUAUUGAGGCAGUAACUGUAUAGUAUUGCAAUGUGGUGUAUUUUACCAUUACAUGCGUGCUGGAUUACCAUGUGUGCUAUAGCUGGGCAUUUCCAGGCAGCGCAGCAGGAGUUCUGGUGCCACGACGAGAGAUCCAUGUCUCAUUACUCUCACAGUGCCAAUUCCCUGACUGACUGACUUGAAUCUUUUUGCUUUGUUCUUCUGCUUCAUCCUGAUGUAUGUCAACAAACAUACAGUAAGAACUGCAUCAUCUAAGUGACUGUUUGUUUUUAAUGUACCCUGUGCAAAAGCAGAAGGAUCAGCGGAAAACUGUGCUGAGUUGAAAUAGUGCUGAUGUGAAAACUGAUGUUCCAUUAAUAAUGUGGUGAUGUGUCUUACCAGUGCAGCGAUAACUGGUUUUACUAUUUUCGUUGUGUGAAGCGUUUGGUUAUUCUGUAAACUAUCAAAGCAAGCAAAAUCAGUUUCAAUUCAAACUUUUCAGGUGUGGGAUUUUAAGAAUUUUCGACAUGAAAUUAGCUGUUAGUGCUGUAAAGUAAAUAUGUACUGUAUAAUAAAGAGGUGCAUCAAGAUUGUGCAGAGGGAAACAACACGUCAUGCAUCAGUACUUGUCACCGAGCUUACUGGUGCAUUCACAUUCCAUUUUUGGUAAGAAUAUAGUGUAAUAUAGAGGAGAAAUAAUAACAUCUGACCUCAGAAGUUGUUCUAUGACUACCACAUGCCAGUGUUAAAAUAUAUUUUCCAGCUACAGGUCAGUGUUGCCAACUUUGGGAUAUGUCUGUCCCUGUGUCAGGUUGGAAUAUGGGAUGCUUCUAAUGAGCUGAGCCAACCUGUGGAAAUUCUGAAUUAGAGAAAAAACAUUUUCUUCCAGGCAUGGGCUACUUUCCUGUUUAAUUUAUUGCACAGGGUUUUUUUAUUUUUAUAAAUGAAUAGCUUCAGACAUAGUCUUAAAAUGUCAGGAAAUUAAUGUAAUUUGCUUUAAUCAAUUUACAGGUCUAAAGAGGUAUAGAAAGAAAUUUGGUUUAUUUUCCAAAUUUUGGUUUUAUUUUCUAAAAGACAAAAAUAAGAUAAUGCUUAAUAGUAUUUUGAUUUAUGACUGGACCUGUGGUUGUUAAACUUUCUAAAAUUCAACAAGUUGGAUUUUAAACAAAAGUAACUGUCAAAACACAUAUCUUCUGUUCUUUGUCUAUGCAUCAAAAUAACAAUUUGAUACAUUUCCUUUAAAUAAAUCAAAUAAUAAUAUGACAAUACAUAUAUUAGUGGAGCUAUAAUGAUCAAUAUGGCAAUGUGUCAUAUUUUAUCUAAUUAGUGAAAAAAAGUUAUAUUUGCUCAGUCUAUUCACUGUCAGUUCAAACCAACCCAUGCCUAAUACAGUAUAUUAUUUCCCUUUUUUUCCAGAACCAUUAAAUAUCUAGUACUUUCUAUUGUCACCGUUUAAAACAUGUUCUGCUCAACAAUCUCUCCAGAGGCUCCUGUAUGAAUAGGUCUACAUGGUGGGCGGUGAAGGCCAAGCUGCAGGACCUGCAUUGAUAAAUGGGGAGAAAGUCAGAUGCCCACUGAAUCUAAAAAAUGGCAGCUAAAGGCAAACUGCUAAUAGUUUGCAACUUUCAGUCUGCUUCAUUUCGGAGUGACAGAUUGUGUGAGUGAUUGUUCACACACACAUUUAAAGCAGCUUGGGUUUUGAUGGGAAGCUAAAGAGCAACAGUCAGUGAUCUUGCUCCAGGAUUACUGACGGAGGUGCCUGGACACUUUUUUCUUGGGAGUGGAAGAGAUGUGUACAUACAGGUGUAUAUUGUUCUGUGAAUACUAUGUGAAUAAUACGUUAUAUGUUGCUCUGAGUAAAGAUGUUUAGCAAGUAACCACUGCAUAACCAUAAAGCUGAAUGUCCUGUAAAUGACCUUUUUGUGAUCAUUUUUUCAUAUUGCCAGACAUCGAAGUUUGAGUGUUGAUCCCUGCACUCAAGGCACAUAGGAAUUAUUCUGCUUUGCAUUUCAUUCUAUUGAUUUCAGCCUAUCUUGCUCUGCACAUGUUUUAUUUUACCCAUUCUCUCUCUCUCUGUGUGUGUGUGUGUGUGUGUGUGUGUGUGUGUGUAGUGUGUGUGUAUUGUACUUAAGCCAUUCCAAAGCUCUCUGGUUAUGGCUGCAACUGCCAGCACAGCCUCCCUUAAUUCCCAUGUUUAUAUCUGUACGAAGCAUACAUGACUACUGUGUUUUUUGACCAUUGUAAUUGUGGAGAACGGUGGUUUAUUUGAGGGGAGCGAUAGAGCAGGGCAGAUGUAUAUCAGAGUCAGGAAGGAGUUCCCUGUGAAGGAUUAUCAUCAACAAUAAAAGAGCAAAGGGUGAAAA